AUUCCACAAAUUCGAACGUUUGCACCUUUCGCGGCUAACGCCAUUCGCAUUGUGCUGCCCUGUCUCGUCACAGGAUCACGACCCUGCGUGUCUCUUCCGAGCGAUGACGAGCAUUCUCAGCGGCCGCUACGUCUGCCAUGAGGUCUCUCUCGGCUUGCUUGCUGUGCGAAAGUUCGCCAAGCAAUGGCGUAUGGCCUUCGCCACCAUCUAUUGCUCCCGAGCCAUCAGUACCUCCGCAAAGAAAACCAAGAAACUCCCUAGGAGAUUUCCUUCCUUCGCUUUGAUUUCGAUCCCUGAUCUGGCUCAGAGCGCUCACUCUGAUCAACCCAGCUCCUUCAGGAUUGAUCAGUCACAGCUUACUAAGCUGGUCAAGGACAAGGACCUCGGCCACCUCCAGGAAUUCGGCGGGGUCGACCAAGUAGCCUCAGCCCUUGAGACUGAUGCCUCGGCAGGGAUAAGCGGUGACCCGGACGACGUCUCUCGCAGGCGAAAUGCAUUUGGCGUCAACUCAUACAAGAAGCCGCCUGCCAAGGGCUUCUUCCACUUCAUGUUCGAGGCUUUCAGGGACCUCACAAUCAUGAUCCUCCUUGUCUGCGCUGGGCUUUCGCUUGGGUUCGGGAUCAAGGAGAAUGGGGUCAAGGAAGGCUGGUACGACGGCGGGAGCAUAUUCGUUGCUGUGUUCCUCGUGAUCGCAGUGUCGGCCGGGAGCAAUUACCGGCAGAACCGGCAAUUUGAAAAAUUGUCUCAGGUGAGCAGUAACAUUCUCAUCGAUGUGAUAAGGAAGGGUCGACCGCAGCAGGUUUGCAUUUUCGACAUCGUCGUUGGAGAUGUCGUUUGUUUGAAGAUUGGUGAUCAAGUUCCAGCGGACGGGCUGUUCCUCCAGGGGCACUCCCUGCAGGUAGAUGAAUCAAGCAUGACCGGGGAGAGUGAUCACGUAGAGGUGAACAGCACUCCGAAUCCAUUCCUGUUCUCUGGAACAAAGGUUGCUGAUGGGUAUGCUCAGAUGCUCGUUACAUCGGUUGGUAUGAACACGACAUGGGGCGAGAUGAUGAGCUCCAUCAGCCGUGACAACGGCGAACAAACCCCUUUGCAGGCUCGGCUCAACAAGCUCACCUCGUCGAUUGGCAAAGUCGGCUUGGCGGUCGCUUUCCUGGUUCUCGUGGUCCUGCUGACUCGCUAUUUCACAGGAAACACACAGGACGAGAACGGGAACCGGGAGUUCGUUGGGGGCCAAACCACGGGUGACGAUAUUAUGAACUCUGUGGUGGGCAUCAUCGCAGCUGCCGUGACAAUUGUGGUGGUCGCGAUUCCUGAAGGAUUGCCGCUCGCAGUAACCCUCACCCUUGCUUACUCGAUGAAGAGGAUGAUGGCGGAUCAAGCGAUGGUGAGGAAGCUGUCAGCCUGCGAGACGAUGGGGUCGGCCACCACUAUUUGCACUGACAAGACCGGCACUCUGACAAUGAACCAGAUGAAGGUGACGAAAUUCUGGUUCGGCAAAGACUCCGUGGCAGAAAACGCAUACUCCUCUGCCUCCAAGCAUGUCCUGGAUUUUAUUCAGGACGGGGUCGCUUUGAACACCAUGGGCAGCGUCUAUAAGCCGUCUUUGGGAUCGGAAUACGAGUUCUCCGGUAGUCCCACCGAGAAAGCGAUUCUUUCAUGGGCCGUUUCACAAUUAAGCAUGGACAUGGACGGGAUAAAGAAGAGCUGUGAAGUCAUCCAAGUUGAAGCCUUCAACUCGCAGAAGAAGAGAAGCGGUGUCCUAAUAAAGAAGACCGCGGACAACACGGUCCACGUGCACUGGAAAGGAGCGGCGGAGAUGGUCUUGGCGAUGUGCUCGAGCUUCUACGAUGGGUUGGGCACAGAGAAAGAUUUGGACAAAGAUGAAAGGACGAGAUUUGAGCAGAUUAUUGAGGGGAUGGCGGCGAGCAGCCUCAGGUGCAUCGCUUUUGCUCAUAAACAAGUCUCCGAGGAAUCAACCAAAGAAAGAGAAGAUGGGAAGAAGAUCCAAGAGGACAGCCUGACAUUACUAGGACUUGUCGGUAUUAAGGACCCGUGCCGCCCUGGUGUGAAGAGCGCAGUCCAAGCUUGUCAGGACGCGGGAGUGAACAUCAAGAUGAUAACGGGAGACAACAUCUUCACCGCUAAGGCCAUUGCCGCAGAAUGCGGGAUUCUCCGGCCCGGGGACGAUGCCUUCAAUGGAGCCAUCGUGGAAGGAGCUGAGUUCCGCAGCUACACGCCUGAGGAGAGGCUUCAGAGAGUCGAGAAAAUCCAGGUCAUGGCGAGAUCCUCGCCUUUCGAUAAGCUUCUCAUGGUUCAGUGCCUGAAGCAAAAAGGCCAUGUGGUCGCCGUCACUGGGGAUGGCACCAACGAUGCACCGGCCCUCAAGGAAGCCGACAUCGGGCUCUCGAUGGGCAUCCAAGGCACUGAGGUCGCCAAAGAGAGCUCCGACAUUGUCAUCCUCGACGACAACUUCGCCUCUGUGGUGACGGUGCUGCGGUGGGGUCGAUGUGUCUACACUAACAUCCAGAAGUUCAUCCAGUUUCAACUCACGGUGAACAUCGCGGCCCUUGUGAUCAACUUCGUGGCUGCAGUCUCCUCCGGUGACGUCCCCCUAACGGCGGUCCAGCUCUUAUGGGUGAACCUGAUCAUGGACACGCUCGGCGCCCUCGCCCUGGCCACUGAGCGGCCGACCAGGGAGCUCAUGGAGAAGUCCCCCGUGGGCCGGACCGAGCCACUCAUAACUAACGUCAUGUGGCGGAACCUUGCAGCACAAGCAACGUAUCAAAUGGUCGUCCUCCUCACUCUACAAUUCGAGGGUGAAUCGAUCUUCGGGGUUGACGAGGCGGUGAAGCAGACACUGAUGUUCAACGCGUUCGUCCUGUGCCAGGUCUUCAAUGAGUUCAACGCGAGGAAGCUCGAGAAGAAGAACGUGUUCGAGGGCAUUCACAAGAACAAGCUGUUCCUCGGGAUCAUCUUAGUGACAGUGGUCCUCCAGGUGGUGAUGGUGGAGUUCCUGAAGCGGUUUGCCAACACUGAGCGGUUGAGCUGGGGCCAGUGGGGCGCGUGCAUCGGGAUCGCCGCCGCGUCUUGGCCUAUCGCUUGGGUCGUCAAGUGCCUCCCGGUCCCUGAUACACCAAUCUUUAGCUACGUUGGAUUCCAAAGCAAGAAGCUCGUGAGGAAAAUCGUGCGCAGAGAACAGUAGCAACACUAAUUGGCCCUAACUCAAUGCUUUUCAUUGUAAAGGUAUAUUGAAUUCGUAAUUGAUGUUUUUC